AUGUCGCUAUGUGAACGGUGUGAAGCCAUCGAUCUCGCCCAGAUCCUUGCCAAAUCGAUCCCGCCAGACUCAAAGAGCAUUGCCAAGGGCUGGGUUCACUCCCAGACAUUCGCUCAGCUCCGUGUAAGCGCCGGGACUUGCGAGCUCUGCUCCAUUCUGCUUGGCGACGCCAACACCAAACCCCUCGUCCGCGACGAUGACUGCGUCUAUCUUCUCGUCUUCACGCGCAACUCUUGGCCACGCAUCGGGUCAGGAAGUCAUCCGAUUCCCAUCGGGGGAAUUGUAGUUCAAAUCGGCAACAAGGGCGUCAAUGUGCUCCACAGCGUCAGGCGAGUUGACAUCUGGAUAGAUGACUCGGCGGCCCCUGCCAUCGACCUGACCAAGGCCGAAGAAGCACCAGAACUACCAACACGCGUUAUAGACGUGGGCUCCGCCGACCCUGUCCGCCAUCCCACCCUCAUCGAGACCCAAGGCCGCAAGGACCGCUACAUUGCUCUGAGCCACUGCUGGGGACCAACCCCCGCCUCCAUCACAAAAACAGAGCGCGGCGCGAGCAUGCAGACCCGACUACAAGGAAUCCCAAUCCAGGAACUGAGCACAAACUUCCGGCACGCCGUCGAGGUCACGCGCGCCCUGGGCUACCAGUACCUCUGGAUCGACUCGCUGUGCAUCGUGCAAGACGACCCACACGACUGGGCCAUUGAAUCAGCCAAGAUGGCCGAGGUGUACAGCCGCGCGGCGCUGACCAUCGCAGCAGCCAACAGCGCAUCCGCAGACGAGGGCUUCAUCAAACCAAGGCCCAGCCGCCGCAACGUGACGCUGCCGUUCCGAGGCGCCCCGGGCGUGAUCUCCGGCUACUUCACCGUUUCGGAGCCCUCGCCGGAGGACGCAAACGAGCUCCGCGACCACUUUCGAGUCGACGUGGACGGCAGCCCGCUGGCUACGCGAGGCUGGACGCUGCAAGAGCGCCUGCUCGCGCGACGCACCGUCUUCUUCGGCCGCGACCAGCUGCACUGGGAAUGCCGCGCGGCCCGCUGGAGCGAGAGCACCCGCCUGCAGCCCAUCCAGUACCUCGAAUCCAGCGCGCCAGGCCUAGUCGCGCUCCGCCAUGGCCUCCCCAUGCUCGGCUCCCACCCCGCCACCCAAUCCGAACCGGACCGGCAAACAAGACUACUCAACGACUGGUACCGAAUCCUCAGCGAAUUCACCCGGCGCGCCCUCACCAACAAACAAGACAAGCUCCCCGCCCUAUCCGGCAUCGCCAAAGUAAUCAACCAAACCCUCAACCCCACCCCCACCCCCACCACAACCCACAAAUACCACGCCGGGCUCUGGACGCACGACCUCCCCCGCGCCCUCCUCUGGACGACCUUCGCGCCCGACGCCGGCGACGGCUCCACCCUCCCGGGGCCAUCCUGGUCCUGGAUCUCCCGGUCCGCCGCGAUCCACCCGGCCAGCGAGGAGCCCACGGCCCUAACCUCCCUCCUCAACCCUGCAACAUGGGACGUGGUCCUCGACGGGACCGACCCGUUCGGCCGCGUGCAGCGCGGCAUGCUCACCCUGACGGGGUACCUGAAGCGGGUGCCGCGUAUGGAGCCGAUCCGGCGCGAGGCGCGGACCGUCGGGCCGUAUGACUAUCCGCUGUCGGACGCGCUGCUGUAUGAUGGGCAGGGGCUGCAGAUUGCGGCGGCGGUGCUGGAUGAGCCGGGGGAUGGGAGCGUGUUUGCUGCUGCGGGCGCGGGCGCGCAGGCUGGGGUGUACGCGGUGCCGGUCAGGCAUGUGAUGGCGAAGGGGGCGGGGACGGGGGUGCGGGGGAUUGAGGCGCUGUUGGUGCAGGAGAGGGGGGAUGGGACGUUUAGGCGGGUUGGGGUUGCGAGUUUCGCUGGGAGUAGUGCCAAUGAUGCGCGGUGUAGGGAUGCACCGUUUGCGCAGCCGUUUCAGGUCUUCUUUUAUGAUGCGCCUGUGGUGCAGAUUAGGAUCAUUUGA